AUCCAGUAAUAUAAAACCAACCGCUUGUCGGCGCAAUAAGGAAGGGCCCACACCGCGGAAAGCGUUCCACGGAGACUUUUCACUUGCUGCUUUUAAGUUUUAGGUUUUUACAUUCAACUACCACCAUGUCAGACGCCGAGCAGCAGUAUAUGGAAACCUCAGAAAACGGCCACGAGGGCGAAGAUGAUCUGAACGGAGCCGGGCAGUACGAGGAGGGCAACGGGAAUGCGCAGGCCGGGGCGCAGGGAGACGCCGGUGCGGACGAAACGGCCGGGGAUGAGGAUGAAAAUGGUGCGUCGGACGGCGGGCAAAUUGACGCGAGCAAAGGAGAAGAAGAUGCGGGGAAAAUGUUUGUUGGGGGGCUCAGCUGGGACACUAGUAAAAAGGAUCUUAAAGACUACUUCUCUAAAUUUGGAGAGGUGACAGACUGCACCAUUAAAAUGGACCCCAACACUGGACGGUCAAGAGGAUUUGGGUUUAUUCUUUUUAAAGAGCCAGCUAGUGUAGAUAAGGUUUUAGCACAAAAAGAGCACAGACUGGAUGGACGACAGAUCGACCCUAAAAAAGCAAUGGCAAUGAAGAAAGAACCUGUUAAGAAGAUCUUUGUUGGUGGACUGAACCCUGAAACUACAGAAGAGAGGAUCCGCGAGUAUUUUGGUGCCUUUGGCGAGAUUGAGACUAUCGAACUUCCAAUGGAUCCAAAGACAAAUAAGAGGAGAGGGUUUGUCUUCAUUACCUUCAAGGAGGAAGAUGCUGUCAAGAAAGUUCUGGAAAAGAAAUAUCACAACGUCAGUGGAACCAAGGACACAAAUGGAAAAGAAGGCCUUUGUGAGAUUAAGAUUGCACAGCCUAAGGAAGUGUACCAGCAGCAGCAGUACGGAGGUCGCUUUGGAGGAAGAGGAAGGGGGCGUGGAGGCCAGGGUCAGAACUGGAAUCAGGGCUACAGCAACUACUGGAAUCAAGGCUACGGCAACCAGGGUUACGGCUACGGAGGACAGCAAGGUUAUGGUGGAUAUGGUGGAUAUGGAGGCUAUGGCAACUACGAUUACUCUGGAGGCUACUACGGCGGCGGAUAUGACUAUAACCAGGGCAAUACAAGCUAUGGAAAAACUCCAAGACGUGGGGCUCACCAGAGUAGCUACAAGCCAUACUGAUCAUGUGUAGUUCAGGUCGUAAAGCUACCGAGCAGGAACCAGCCGUCUGGUCACAGUGAACAUUGGGGUCUUUUACUUUUGGAAGCUGGCAGAAUCUGGACUUCUGCUUCAUUUUGUACAGAAAACAUAAGGAACUGGGGGGGUGCAAAUGUCACUUGUCAUUUGUUUUAUAAUUUUUUUUGUUUUGUUUUUUGUGUCCUUUUUACAUUUCCAGAGAUGGAAGUGUUAUUUUUUUACUGUACUUUUUGGUACCUUUUUGAUUCUAAUGUAUUGUAUGGUUGUAUUUUACAUCAUGGCUGUGUCUAUCACAUCUAGGCUCAGAGCUUUCAAAAUGCUUUCAAAAUAAAGAGUUUUGGUUAAUUUUU